CACUAGAGACGGACGUAACGAUCAGUGGCGUGCAGUAAGAAAUUAAUUAGAGUAGGCACAUUGUACAAAAUGUAAAAUUUCUUCUAAGUAGUCAGUGGUUAUUUGUAUCUAUGAAAUGCACGACUUAUUAUAAAAAAAAAAUUCGUGCGGGUUUGUGAAGGUGAUUUGAUAAACGUUAAAAUAUCACAUAGAUAAGAAAGCAUGUGUUUCCUCAUGUAAUCGGGAUUUUUGUCAUGUCUUUUGGAUUUAACAUUGAAAUCGUGUGUGUACUUAUUAGUAUGUGUGCCGGUGCUUCGCCGUAGUGUUGGAUGCGUUAUACGUCAAACGCGGACGUUUACCAAAAGUUCGAUUGUUUUUUUUUUUAAUCAAUUUUGAAAAUGUGUUUCAAAAAUUAUAUUUGGGCUGUUGGAAUUAUUUUUAUUGGUUUUUCACUGGACUUUUCCGACACGGCCUGGCUCAGGUGUUAUAAGUCGUCUAUGAACGACUACACAAUGGUGCCAUUAAACGACCCAGUGAGAAUCUUGCGCGACCCCUGCUUCAAUCCGAACCUACGAACCGUCUUCUACACGUUUGGGUACAGAGGAAAGACGAACGGUCCCGCCACCACAGCGGUUCUGACAACCUACAUAAACACAAAGAAAAAGAAUGUGGUGCUCGUAGACUGGCAAGAGGAAGCGAAAAGUGGUUUUUUGGGCAUAUCAGUUAGUUAUGCUCUGUUUGCAGUGCCAAAUGCUAAAGCAGUAGGCCAAGAGCUAGGUGAAGCCCUGUUAACCCUCUCACGAGCUGGUCUGAACAUGAGCGAUGUGCAGCUCAUGGGCCACUCGCUGGGCGCCCACGUCAUGGGCUACGCCGGCCGGUGGACCAGGCAGAGGGGUCAGGUCGUAGCAAGGAUUACAGGCUUAGACCCCGCCCGAGCUCUCUUCGAGGGUCUGUUCGCCAUGCAGACAGGUCUGGACCGCACUUGUGCCAAGUUCGUGGACAUCAUCCACACCAACCCUGGCAACUACGGCACCAGCAAGUCGACCGGUACCGUGGACCUGUGGCCCAACUACUCCAUCGAUGAUGGCAUGCAGCCUGGAUGCCCCAGAGGGUCAUUUGACAUGUUUACUCCUGAAGAUCUCUGCAGCCAUGACCGUUCGUGGCGGUACCUGGUCGAGUCCAUACACUCCGGGACGGCGUUCCCGGCAACCCCUGCAGAGAACCACGGCUCUUGGCUCUCUCUGAACCAGCCUCCCAGCAGCUUCAUCUUCAUGGGAGAGUUGACUAACACACGGGCUCGUGGGAAUUAUUUCUUCCGUACCAACGCACAACCUCCGUACAGCAUGGGCAAUGAAGGUAUGAUGCCUUACAGAAUUCCGCCGCGGGAUUCGGCUACUCCGCUGUCUACGCUUCUCAAAGUUGUGAGCUUCUCCAUAACAACCAUUUGGCGUUCCUCGAAGUCCAGUGCUGGCUCUUCAAAAUUCAGAACUGGCUCGUUGUCAUGAUCUUCAUCCAUAUCAUCAUCAUUGAGGAAUGGCUCUUCUGUGAACUGUGGCUCCAACUUCACUGAAUUAUUACGGCUGCCUGAAAAUAAUUUUAAAAGUAGAAUUAUUGGCAAUAGGCCUGAGUGUCUCCGUCAUCGCAGUACAAAUUUAAAAAAUAAUGUUUAUAUGCCAAAAACUGGGUUACAUACUUUUUGGCGUAUUGUUACGCCAAAAAGUAUGUAACCCAGUUUAUACAGGGUGCUGGGGAGUAUUUCCCACAACUCUUAUAUAUUAUUUUCUAUAUUCUUCACCGAAAAUUAAUUAAAAAUGUUUAAGAAUAAUAUAUUAAUAUUUUCGGGGUAAAUAAUAUUUCUUUUGUAAAUAGAUCUUAAAAUGUGUCCCUUAUACGCAUCCUUAUAAUUAUGCCAAGUUUUACGUAUUUUAAAAUGUAUGAAAACAUAAACAACUAUUUUUUUUAGUUAAUAAAAUAUUAUUUAUGCAGUUUGGCUCCAAUAAGUGGACUCGUCAACAGUUAAGGGAAAUACUCCCGAGCACCCUGUAUAUCUGCUGCCAAACUCCGCCUUAUCAUGCAAUAUUGCAAGCUAUACUUAAUUAAAAUUAUAUGUUAAUUUGCAAUCAAUAUUUUUAAACAUUCUUGUAGUCCUUCAAAUUGAUUUUAAUGUUGCCCUUACUGCAGAUAGUAUGUUUUAUUAAUCUAUGAUAGCCCUUACUUAAUAAUAUCACAACUUAAAGAGAUGUCAAAUAAUAAUAAUAAUGUUAUUUAGGAAUACAAAUAAUAGAAGUCAUUUAUUUAAUGUAUAAAAUACUAAUAAGUACUAUAAAUAAGAUUUAAAUGAAAAACCUCUAACAUCUUAACUUGGAACCUACUAUGUGGACAAGGACUGCUAACAUAUUGUGGUUUGCUUAUUGUGAUGAUAUAAUAAGAUAUACUGUACAUAUAAUAUAUGAAAUCUUUUUAUGUUUUAUAAAAUGUAACUUUAUUGACAAAUACAUGAAAUGUGAAAUCUCAAAUUAAUUGUUUAAAUAUUAUACAUCUUUGUUGUUAUUGUUACUUAGUUAGAAUAUUGAACUGUAUGAACUGAGAAGUUGUUUA